UCUCUCCCGUCCCCCCCCCGCCAAGUCUUCUCGCUCCAAAAAACAACAAAAUUAAACGGCGACCGGCGACUGAGUCCAUCGUCUCUGUCUCUCCGCGUAGCUUCUCAUCCGAAGCAUCCUUUCACUUCUUUAACUCUUACAUUUCCGAUUCUGCCGGAGCUUCACUACUUUGCAUUCUUUCCCUUCUCCGUUUGGCUGCCGAGAAAAUCCAGGAAACGUCAAAGCGCAGUACGCACGGACGGAACUCGAAACCUCUCCUCGCUUCUUCUGAGGGAGAACGAAGAGGAUUCUGCGUCAAUUUUAUGAUCCCGUGCCGCUUGUAUAGUCUGCUGUAGCUCUGCAUUUGAUUAGGUUUAACGAAGAUCCCAUUGUUGCAGGACAUUCAGAUGAUAAAUCAAAGAUGCGAGUAAAGCCAAAAGCCCUCUGGUAAAUUGUUACCUAGACUUAUGAAUUCCAACCGAGAUAGAUUUGUGAGAUUUCAGGACUGGAGUUCAGCAGCAUCUUCAAAUUCCGAGCUUCAAUAUCCCCCCAAAAAUGGACUAUUCACGACAAGUAGCCGAUCAUUUGUGGAAUUGGCAGCGGAGCGUAUUCGGAGAGGAUUCGAGAGAUUCUUUGAAUGGAUUAAAAGGUUUACAUCAUCGUCAAGCGCUCAUCGAUCAGAUGUUCAUCAGCCAACAAAAAGAUUGGGUGCCAGGACGAAAAUUCUGGAUCCACAGGGGGCAUUUCUCCAGAAGUGGAACAAAAUAUUUGUACUUGUAUGCGUGAUUGCCGUGUCUUUGGAUCCAUUGUUCUUUUACAUCCCAGUGAUUGAUGGCAAAAGGAAGUGCCUCAGUUUGGAUAGACCAUUGGAGAUCACUGCUUGUGUUCUUCGCUCAUUCACAGAUAUCUUCUAUGUACUUCACAUUAUCUUCCAGUUCCGAACAGGGUUUAUUGCCCCUUCUUCAAGAGUAUUUGGAAGGGGUGAGUUGAUUGAAGAUCCUUAUGCUAUAGCCAAGAGAUACUUGUCCUCCCACUUCAUCAUUGAUAUUUUAUCAAUUCUACCCCUCCCACAGGUUGUGAUCUUGCUAGCUAUCCCCAACAUAGAUAAGCCAGUUGCACUGAUCACCAAGGAGUUAUUGAAGUUUGUUAUAUUCUCACAAUAUAUCCCGAGGUUUAUUCGCAUUUACCCUCUAAUUAAAGAAGUGACAAGAACUUCUGGCUUAUUCGCAGAAACAGCUUGGGCUGGAGCUGCUUUUAAUCUCCUUCUGUACAUGCUUGCCAGUCACAUUGUUGGAGCCUUCUGGUACUUGUUCACAAUAGAAAGGCAAGAGAGUUGUUGGAAUAUUUUAUGUGAACGUGAUAGUUGUGAUGACCUCUAUUUAUACUGUGGAAAAGGGGGAAAAGAGGGUGUAGACAAGUUAUUUCCACAUGAGUCUUGUCUCCUUCCGGGACCAAGUGACAUAAAGAACUCUUCAGACUUUGACUUUGGAAUAUUCCUUGAUGCUCUUCAGACUCAUAUAGUGGAGACGAGAGAUUUUCCACGGAAAUUAUUUUAUUGUUUUUGGUGGGGACUCCGAAAUCUGAGUUCUCUUGGCCAAAAUCUCAGAACUAGCACUUUCGUUGGGGAGAUUCUCUUUGCUGUUUUCAUUUCAAUCCUCGGAUUGGUUCUCUUUUCAUUGCUUAUUGGCAAUAUGCAGAAAUAUCUGCAGUCUUUAACUGUUAGAAUAGAAGAGAUGAGAGUAAGAAGGUGGGAUUCAGAGCAGUGGAUGUCCCACCGUAUGCUCCCUGAGAACCUGAGGGAGCGUAUUAGGCAGUAUGAUCAAUACAAAUGGCAAGAAACUAGAGGUGUGGAGGAACAGUCUUUGAUUCAAAACCUUCCUAAAGACAUCAGGAGGGACAUAAAGCGCCACAUGUGCUGGUCUUUGCUUACUAGAGUGCCAAUCUUUGAAAAAAUGGAUGAACAAUUGUUGGAUGCGAUGUGUGAUCGCCUCAGGCCAGUUCUUUGUACAGAGACUAGCUUCAUACUACACGAAGGGGAUCCAGUUGAUGAGAUGAUUUUUGUCAUGAGAGGCAAUCUUUUGACCAUGACCACAAAUGGUGGAAGAACUGGCUUUUUCAACUGCGUGCAUCUCAGUGCUGGUGAUUUUUGUGGAGAAGAGCUUCUUACAUGGGCAUUGGAUCCCAAGUCUAGCUCCAGCCUUCCCAGCUCAACCCGAACUGUAAAAGCAAUCACAGAUGUUGAAGCUUUUACCCUAGUGGCUGAUGAUCUGAAGUUUGUGGCUUCUCAGUUCCGGCGCCUUCACAGCAAGCAGCUCCAGCACACUUUCAGGUUCUGCUCGCAUCAAUGGAGGGCAUGGGCAGCCUGCUUCAUACAAGCAGCGUGGCGCCGGCAUUGUAGGAGGAAGACUGAGAAGUCUUUGAGCGAGAAAGAGAAUAGGCUGCAGGAUACUCUGGCAAAUGAGGCCGGCACCUCGCCAAGCCUUGGCGCCACCAUUUAUGCGUCAAAAUUUGCUACCAAUGCAUUACGGGCCUUGCGUCGCAAUCAUGGACGGAGCCCCAAAUUGCCAUCCAGGCUACUGCUUCAGAAGCCAUGGCAACCUGAUUUUACAGCUGAAUAUAAUUAAGAAUUUAAGGUGUGUGGUCAUCCUUAUGAAUCUCAGAUAGCAUUUUGUUUAAAUUAAUUACUAAGCUGGAAAUCGGUUUCUCCAAAUGUAAUUUUCCUCACCCGCACACUAUUACGCAUACAGUCAUAUGUUGUUUGUUUAUUGUACCCAAUUCCAAAAUGCCCGGAGAAGUAUGUUGUUAUCUUCCUGCCCAAAUUAAUUAAUAAUGUCUUGCUCAUCACUGUGAUUUUGCACGUCAUAGAAAUAUAUAACAGCAUCUGACAAGAUAUCAACACCAUUGAUCUUUUAUCCCA